GUUUUGAGGAACUAACGGCGAGAGCAGCAUGCUGGAGAGCGGGCAGCGCACAGAAAACCAUCAGGAGAUGGAGAGCAGCACCGGGAGCGGGCAGUGACAACGCGGGGCACAGAAGGUGUGGAGCAGAGGUGAUGCCCGAAGCACAGAGCAGAGCAUGGCCAGGCGUGGUGCUGGGACCUCCCUGCUGCUGCAGCUCUCCCUGCUGCUGCUCCUUGGCCCAAGUGGGACCCAGCAGAGCGGAGCAGAGCUGGACUGCGCCUCAGUGGCCGUGGACACUCCGGUGGUGCCGAUGGGGUCAGCCAUCACUGCAUCAUGCACCAUCCGCCGGGAGCGGUGCCGGGGGCUGGAGGAUGGACAGCCACACAUCUCCUGGCUGCUGGACAGCGAGCCGAUGGCGGGGAGGCAGCGCCGUGGUGUGGGGGGCACUGAAGUGUCUGAGCUGAGCGUGCCGCAGCUCAACCGCCCGCAGGCCAAGCUGUGGUGCUGCGUGGAGUGGAACGGCACCAAGCAGCGGGUCGGCAUGGCUGAGAUCCGAGCAGGCUACCCCCCUGGCAAGCCCUCCAACCUCAGCUGCCUGCUGGACCUCGGUGACUAUGGGCUGACGUGCCGCUGGCAGCAGGGAGCUGACGGCCACCUUCCCACCAACGUCAUGCUCAAGUGUGCCACGAGCAGAUCCCCAGCGGUGACGGGCUGCACCCCACAAAAUGGACGCAGUCAGUGCACGGUGCCGCGGCGGCUGCUGCAGCUGUACCGGCCCAUGGAGCUCUGGGUGACAGCCACCAACGCGCUGGGCACAGCCGAGUCAGAGCGGCUCCGCAUCGACCCCAUGGAUGUGGCCAAGCUGGAUCCCCCCAUCCUGCAGAGCAUCCACUCCGUGCCUCCCCAGACCGACUGCAUCACCUUGACCUGGGCCAUGGCCCCACGCAAUGCACACAUGGAGCUGUGCUGUGAGCUGCGCUACCGUGCUGCCGAAGACCCCUCCUGGGAUGUGGUCACAGGCAUCCCAGGCCAUGCAAGCAGUGUGCAGCACUGCAAGUUUCUCUUUGGGAUGCUGUACCACUUCCAGAUGCGGUGCCGUCGGGACUCAGCACGAGGCUACUGGAGUGAGUGGAGCGUGGGCAGGAACUACACAACCCAUGAGAAAGCCCCUGAAGGGAAGUUGGACGCGUGGUGGAGCACCCAGCCAGCUGCGGGCAGGAUGGAGGUGCAGCUGCGGUGGAAGGCCCCACGGCGGCAGGAGGCGAAUGGGCGUGUGCUGGGGUACCGGGUAACCCUGGGGUCCAGGAGGAGAGGCAGGGAGCCACAAACUGUCUGCAACACCACCGACACCCAGUGCCAUUUCACCGUGCCAGAGAAGACAGGAAGGGUCUAUCUCUCAGCCUACAAUGCCGCUGGCGAGUCAUCAGCCACAGAGGUUGUCCUACUGGAGAGGAAAGGUCAGCCCCUGGCUGGGCUCCGAGCUGUACCCAGGGGUGAGCGCAGCCUGUGGGUUCGCUGGGAGGCAGCACCGGUCCCACCAGUUGCCUACGUGCUGGAGUGGCAGCAGGUGUCCUCAGAGCCCAGGCACUGCAGUGCGUGCUGGCAGUUGGAGCUCAAUGGAACCACCACUGCCACCCUCAUCCAGGACAGCAUUGAGCCCUUCCAGCAGUACAACAUCUCGGUGUACCCCCUCUACAAGGAUGCUGUUGGGACACCUGCUCAUGUAGCAGCCUACUCCAAGCAGAAGGCACCAUCCCAUGCCCCAAAACUCCACCUGAAAAGCAUUGGCAAGUCCCAGGCUGAGCUCAGCUGGGAGCCGGUGGCCGUGGAGCUGCAGAAUGGCUUUAUCACUCACUACACUGUCUUCUGGGCAAACAGCACUGCGGAGGUUUCCAGUGCUGUUGUUAAUUCCUCCCUCAGCUCCUUCACCAUCCAAGGCCUGAAGCCAUCUACUCUUUACAAAGUGCACAUCAUGGCCUCUACAGCUGGUGGAAGCACCAAUGGCACCAGCCUGACGCUGGUGACCACCGUGCUAGAUGACAUCGAAAUCCAGUUCCUCUUCUUGACCCUGGUGCUGGUCUUUGUCCUGCUCAUCAUCCUGUUGAUCUGCUUCCAGAAGAACGGGAGGGUGAAGCAGCAAUUCUGGCCCAGCGUCCCUGACCCAGCCAACAGCAGCCUGGGCACGUGGGUGCCAGCAGAGCAGGAGCCCCUGCAGGCCCCCGGUGUGAAGGAGCCCGGCUUGGCGACCAUCUCCACCGUCACAGUGCUUGACAAGGCAGCGGGGAAGCAGGCCCCCACGUGGGGCAAGGAGCCCCCAGCCGAGCCCCCUGCCCUGCCACAGCCCUACAUGCAGCAGCACGGCACGCUUCAGGCCAAAGUGGGGCCGGGGGCAGAGCCCGUGCAGUACGUGCAGGUGGUGGGCGGCAGCUCCAGUGGCCCGCAGCGCGUCGCCCCGUGCCUCUACCUGCGUUCCAGCUCCACGCAGCCUCUGCUCUCGGACCCCAGCCCCGAAUCCUACGAGAAUCUCUGGUUCCGCGGGGCCGCACAGAGCUGCGCCCGGGGGAGCCUGGAGGAGCCGCUCCUCGACUUCCCGCUGCUGCGGGGGCUGCUGGUGAGCGGGGCCGAGGAGCUCCACGACUUCCAACCCUGCUGAGCCCCGCCACGGACCAAACCCGAUCCCCUGAGCCGAGCCGGGCCUGGAGCCCCACCUGCCAUUCCGUGGGGUUGAAAUCCCAUAGGGGCCCUUUUCCCUCCACCCCUGCCUCCCCCUCCUCCCGCGGACUGCCCGUGGCUGCAGGCGCUCGGUGCCCCUGCUGCGCCCCAGCAAUAAACACGGAGGUUUCUCGGA